UCGUUCCCGGAGUAGCGUGACGUAGUUGAUCCGGGGCCAGGGAGAGAGACAGCAAACGUGUUCCUCCUAAAGUGGGUAACAUCAUCACGAGAUCGUCAGGAUUAUCACAGUGACUCAAUCUACUCACCACGCCAUCGUCCAGCCUGCUCCUUAUAUCGCUUAGCUGCCAUGGCGAGCAAAGAGGAGAAGAUUGAACUGAUCCUCAAACCAUUCCGGUAUGACAAUGACACCCUAAACGACAUCAUGGGAAGACUCAACAAGGAAAUGGAGAAGGGGCUGAAAAAGGAAACCAACCCUGAUGCAACUGUCAAAAUGCUGGCUACCUAUGUUAGAGCUGUACCAGAUGGGACAGAGUCCGGAGAUUUCCUAGCCCUGGACCUUGGUGGCAGUAACUUCCGCGUGCUGCAUGUCCACAUUGAGAAGGGUGCCAAAGAUGUUCGUCUACAGAGCGACACCUACGCCAUUCCAGAAAGCAUCAUGACUGGCUCUGGAGAGCAGCUCUUUGACUACAUAGCUGACUGCAUGGGCAAGUUCUUGGAGAAGAUCGGGAUGAAGAAUAGGAAGAUGGCACUUGGGUUCACCUUCUCCUUCCCCUGUAAGCAGCGAGGGCUGGACUCUGCCUCCCUUAUCAAGUGGACCAAAGGCUUCAAUGCCGCGGGCGUGGAGGGGGAGGAUGUGGUGCGGCUGCUCCGGGACGCAAUCAAGAGGCGUGGGGACUUUGACACAGAUAUAGUUGCUGUGGUGAAUGACACAGUGGGGACCAUGAUGGCAUGUGGUCUGGCUGACCAUGACUGUCUCAUUGGGCUCAUUGUAGGCACUGGCAGUAAUGCCUGCUACAUGGAGAAACUGGACAAUGUGGAGAUCUGGGAGGGGGACCGUGGGGAGCCCAACCAGGUCGUGGUCAACAUGGAGUGGGGGGCGUUCGGAGAGGAUGGGGCGCUCGAUGACCUGCUCACUGCGUACGACAGGGAGAUCGAUGAACACUCCAUCAACAAGGGCCAACAAAUCUAUGAGAAGAUGAUCAGUGGCAUGUACAUGGGUGAGCUGGUGCGACUUGUGCUGCUGGAGAUGACUAAACAGAUGCUGGUGUUCGGCGGUCGCACCUCGCCAGACUUGGAGACACGAGGAACGUUUCUGACCAAAUAUGUUUCAGAGAUUGAAGAGUGUACAUAUCUGAGGGAACCAAUUGGAGACAUGGGGCCAACAUUGAAAAUCCUGCAUAGCCUGGGACUGAAGCACGCUACAGAGACAGACUGUGUGACCGUGAAGGAAGUCUGCCGUGCCGUGUCUACCCGCGCUGCCCACUUGGUGUCUGCUGGGAUUUCUGCUAUUGUCAACAAGAUGGACAGGGAGAGGGUUGCAGUUGGUGUAGAUGGCUCAGUCUACAAGUAUCACCCCCAUUUCAAGGAGCUCAUGACACAGACCAUCGACAAGCUGACACACUGUGAUGUGAAGCUGAUGUUGUCGGAGGACGGCAGUGGGAAAGGAGCGGCGCUCGUCACUGCUGUGGCCUGUCGUCUGGCUGGCAACUCUUAAAGCUGUUAGUCUUUAUUUUUUGAUGAUGUCUCCCUACUUUUUUUUGCAAUUUCACUUAAGGGGUGACUAUAUCAAUAGUAAUCAAUGACAGAAAAUUAUAGGUCAUGGUGGAAUGAGGAAGGCAUAGAGCACAAGUUGUUUCAGUGCAUAUCAUAGCCAAAUAUCAAUGCAAUUAUGAGGUGAUUUUAAUGGUACAUGUACUUCUUUUGGCAGUAUUUCAAAUGUAUGCAAAAGCAUGUGAUAUAAAAGCUACAGCUGAAAUUUAUAUUCCUUUUGGGCACAUUUGAACAAGCAUUUUGAGGCUCAUUUGCUUUCCCAGAAAUAGAAUUUAGAGAGGGGAGUUUUACAACAAACUACAUAGCUUCAAGGUUUGUGAAGAAACCUCCACGUGCCUUUAUAUUCUAUAGUCAGAUCUGAAAAGUGGCUUUGUAUAGAAAUCUUUAGAGGUGAAUAUUUUGUUAUGUUAAUAGUCUGAAGCCUUGUAUGGUGAUGGUUAUCGGGUACAACAUGUAGUUUCAGUAAGUCAGAGAGAAAAAUGUCACUAUUUUUGUGCCAUGACUCACAAUGUCAAAUUACCUCUGUAACAAAAACUUUUGACUUCCAUAUAUAUGUACUAGGUACUGUACUAGGACCGACUGGAAGCAUCAAUUGGUGAACUUGAUUAAGAUUACUAUCAUUCCAAAAUAGUUAAUUGUAGACAUGUUGUUGGGACCAGUGAUAUAGAAUCGUCCCUUCUUACUCUUCCAAUGUUGGUGCUCCUCUUGUGAAAAAAAGCUACUGUUCCACUUAUCAAAUACUGUACAGUGUACAAUAUUCAUACUAUGGGAAGGAAUGCAGUCAAACUUGCAUUGACCACUGUACAUGUCAAUAGCCAUGAACUUUCAACCAAGCCUUUAUUGAGACAGUCUGUAGUAGACAUGGUUGCCACGUAGCUUAUGGGUGUCAUUCAUAAGUAGUACUGCUGCCAAUCAGAUCAACCCUUUUCAUCACCUCAUCAGCCCACUAAAGUACUAAUGCCAGUAACACUAACUGGUAUAAUGGUUGUAUGUUCAGCGGAACUUUCUUCAAUCACUCAGGAUCUAUCUGUGAAUAACUUCAUCAGGUUUCUAAAUGACAGUGUAACAGGUUUCUUUAUUCAUGGCAACGUUGAAUGGCAACAUUUCGGAGACAGUCCCCCUCCUCAUGGCAACAAUGCUUGGUUACUGUUUUGCACUGCAACUACAUGGCAUUGUAUUUAUUGCUUGACAUCUUAUACGCUAAGCGUGAUGAUUGGGAAAGCAAUUGUAACACUGAAGCAAGCUAACACCUAGCUGCAGUGCAAAGUAGUUCCAGUCAUUAUUACCCUGAGGAAGGUGAUAGAUGGUCAUCAAAAUGUUGGCUCCUGUGAAUAAAGAACCUUGUUAUACAAAACUCAGGAUCUAAAUUUAGUUUGAAAGGAGCGUCUACCAGUAUAUGCAAUAAGCAAGUGUCAAACAUCAGAACCUGUUCUUUACAUUUUCCAUGCAUCCAUUUGUAUCAAGACAACAAGAGAGAUCCCCAAUAAACUAUAAUCAGAUUA